AUUAUUUUUGAUUAAUCCAAGCUUUAUACCCCUUUAACCUUUGUUGCUCCAAAAAACUGGUAACCUGCUAAAAAGGUCAAAAAUAUCCGUUGACCUUUGGUUAUUGAUUUCCCUCCCAAAAACGUCUUCUUCAACGUCUUCUUCAAUACUGUCUCUCACCCUCCAUAUUCAAUACUCUCUUCAUUAACGUCCUUCUACCCACCAGCCAUAACUGCUUUCACCAUCUUCAACCUACAAUAGUACCAGCAAAGUUGACGCACGACUAUACUCGAUGACGUCGUCCUCCAUUUGAAGAAAAAAGCGAAGAGGCUCAAAAUCGCAUUAAAUUACCAAAAUUGAGGUAAGUAAAAACCCUAAAUUUGAUUCUUUGUGAUUGAUUUGGAUUAAUUUAGUUGGUUUGCAUCUAAUUGAACCCUAAUUUAGUUCCUGGUAGUCAAAAUUUGAAGUUUAGCAUUGAUUAUGUAAUUUGCUCUAAAUAAUUUAAAAAUUAGGGUAUGUGGAUUUGCGAAUUCAAUUCAUCAAUUUGCGAAUUUGUGGAUUAUCUUUGCCUCAUAUUGGGUGAAUUGAUUGUUUAUGUUUGAAUUGUUCAUGUAUGAAUUUAUCGUGUUUGAUUAUAUUGUGUUUGCAUUUUUCGUGUUUUAAUUUGUCGUGUUUAAAUUGAUCGUGUUUGAAUGAUGCUGUGUUUUUGGUGAUUGAUUCGAUGGGCUCUUGUAUUGUGUUUACAUCGUGGAUUAAUUAGGUAACUCGUGUUUAAAUUGACUAGGAUGGGUGUUGUGACGUUGAAAAUUUGGCAUGGUGGGAUCUUUAAGACUGUGAAUAAUGGCCAGUUAGUGUAUGAGGGUGGAAAGGGGAAGACUUGUCAAAUUGAUUCUGAUGUUUUGUGUUGGUGGGAUUUACUCGAUUUAGCAAAGAAAUGUGGGAAUUAUUCCACAAUUGAGGGGCUGUGUUAUUUGAUCCCUGGGCAACCUUUGGGUAAUGGGAUAAGGAAGGUUUAUGAUGAUGCUCAAGUGUUGGAAAUGACUGAGUUAGCUCUAAAGAUGAGGUGCAUUGAGGUUUAUGUGAAUCAUGGGGUUGCACUUCCACAGAUGCAUAAAAAAGUAGAGAAGUUGCAGCCUAGAAGGGCCCCACAUCCACCUCAGCUAGAUUCUGUUAGAUGUAGUCCCAGGAACUGUGUGUCAAGUGCUGCAUCAUCCCAACAGAAAAGCACAGAAAAAGCCAAAAAAACACUAUCCACCCACAAAGAUGCUUCCCUCCCUUUGACUGGUCCCACAGAAACUCAAGACCCUAUGUUCAACCAUGAAUCUGUCCUUGAGAAAAGCAACAAUAAAUUGCAAGAAAAACCCAUCCAACCACUUCAUUCCUCUACCAUUCCUGAUCCAAAACCAAACCAGAAAAAAACUAGGACUAAACUUUCUAAAACACAACCAUUCUCAUCUCCUAUUGAAUCUGAAGAGAACUUCCUGAAUGAUUAUGAAUGGGAAGAUCCUAGACCUAAUAGCCCUGUGGACCUGAAUGCUAAUUACUACAACAGUGAUACUGAGGAUGAUGAUGCAGAUCCUAUCUAUGACCCUUAUAUUGACAAGGGUAAGGCAGUAACAGUUGAUAAGGGUGGUGAUUGUGAUGGUGAUGUUGAUGGUGAUCAAUUCUGUGAUGAGUUCAGUGAUGAGUUCAGUGAGGAUGCAGGGGAUUCUAACCCAGAUCUAGAUGAAGAAGAGCCUGAAGAACAACUUGAAGAUGCUGCUUACCAGUCAGACUGCAGUGAUGAUGAGUACAGGAGUGCUAGAGAAAAAGUGAAGGAGUGCAAUCAGAGGUUAGUUGAUUUAGCUCUGCAAGUACAGAGAGAUAUUGAAGGAAAAGGAAUUAUUGUUCCCACUAAUGAUGUACCAGAAGUAGAUGGUGAUGGUGAUGGUUGUAUUAGUGAGUACGAAGAGAGUGAUGAUGAUGUACACACUCCUCCUGAUUCAGGUGAUGAGGAGCUGAGUUUUAGGGAUAGGAAGAAAAAGAGAGGUGUUUUAGUUGGUGCUGAUACAGACUUCAACACAUUUAAGUGGUCUGUUGGACAAAGAUUUCCUGACAGAAAAGCAUUUAAGGAUGCAGUGGCCAUGUAUGGUGUGCUACAAGGUAGAAACAUAUACUUUGUUGUGAGUGACAGAAAUAGGCAGCAGAGGUUAGGUGUAAAGUGUGUGAAAGGGUGUCCAUUUUAUGUGUAUGCAUCUUGGGAUUCCAGAAGAGCAAUUCUUGUGGUUAGAAGAGUUAUAGGUGAGCAUAGUUGUAAUAGGAAUAUGAAGAAGAAUAGGCAAUUGAAGGCAAACUGGGUAGCUCAACAGUUCCUUGAAGUGUUCAAGGCGAGACCGCACUGGCCAGCCAGAGAAAUAAUGGAGUCAGUAAGGAGGGCCUUUAAGGUCUUGAUUAGUAGGAAUCUUGCUUAUAAAAUCAAGUAUGCAGCCCAUAAGAUGCUACAUGGAUCAAUGCAUGAGCAUUACAAGAAGGUUGGUGGUUACAUUGAAGCUUUGAAGUCGACAAGCCCGGGAACAGAUAUUGAAUUGGUCACAGAUCCAACCAAACAAACUGUUCCACCUGUUUUCCAGAGGCUAUUCACAUGUUUUGAAGGGCUGCAAAAGGGGUGGAAAUUGGGAUGCAGAAAGGUGAUAUGUAUCGAUGCUUGUUUUUUGAAAACUUUCCUAGGUGGUCAGUUGUUGGUUGCUGUUGGUCGAGAUGGGAACGAUCAGAUGUAUCCAAUUUCCUGGGCAGUUGCUGAGGGUGAGAACAACAAUUCCUGGGAAUGGUUCAUGAUCAAGCUUCAAAAGUGUUUAGACCUAGCUGAUGGUGAAGGCAUUGCUGUGAUUUCAGAUGAACAUGUUGCUAUAAUCAAUGCUGUGGCUUCAGUUCUCCCCAAGGCGGAACACCGACAUUGUGCGAGGCAUAUUUUUGCUCACUGGCACAAAUCAUUCAAAGGGGAUCAAAUGAAGCUGCUAUUUUGGAAAAUAGCAAAGGCAUACAACCUAGCUGAUUUCAAUGAUGCAGUAGAGGAGAUGAAUGCCAUUAAUGAGGAAGCCGUCACUGCAUUCAAGUCUUACAACCCUAAGCUAUUUUGUAGAGCUUACUUGGACAUCUCUAUGAAGACUGAUGCAAUCACAAGCAAUAUGGCAGAAACAUUCAAUGGCUAUAUCAUUAAUGCUAGGACUAAGCAUUUGAUAUACAUGUUGGAGGACAUCAGGAUUUCCUUGAUGCAGAGGCUGGUUGUCAAGCGGCAAGCGAUGCAGAAAUCAACUUCUACAGUGUGCCAAAGAAUUCAGGUGAAGCUUGAUCAGGAGAAGACCAAAGCUGCCAAUUGUGAUGUGAUUCCAUCAACUGACACUUUGUUCAAUGUCAACUACUAUUUGGAUCAGUUGGUAGUUGACUUGGAAGCAAAGACAUGCAGUUGUAGAAAGUGGAACAUGCUCGGUUAUCCUUGCUGCCAUGCCGUUGCGUGCAUAUACUUCCUCAACAAAGAAGCUGAAGAUUUUGUAGAAGAUUGCUAUAAAAGGGAAACAUACUUGAAGGCCUAUGCAGGUUCAAUACCACCCAUAGAUGGUGAAAGGUAUUGGCCGAGGGUAGAGUAUGGUUUAGAUCCCCCUCCCAUCAAAAUUGGGCCAGGGAGGCCUAGAGUAAACAGGAGAAAGGAUCCAAUGGAGGAUCCCAAGAAGUCGGGAACCUUGCAAAGAACCGGCAUGGAAAUGACAUGUAGUAUAUGUCAUGUUAAAGGCCACAACAAAAGACGGUGCCCCAACAAAGACACUGCCUCUGCCCCAACUGAACCACCACCAAAGAGGUCUAGAGGUAGACCAAGGAAGGAUGGGCAACCUCCUAUCUCUCACUCACAAGUGGCACAAUCAUGAACUGCUCACCACAAUGCAACUGCACAACCCACCCAACUUGGACGAGGCGGUAGGAUGUGCAGAGGUGGAGCAGGUUCAAGGGGAGGGAGGACAACAUCAAGGGGGGGGGAGGACAACAUCAGGUAGAGGAUCAAGGGGAGGCAGGGCACCUUCAGGAAGAGGAAGGGGAAGAGACCAAGUUCCAAUUGGUGUUGGGGUGUAUUUUGCACCAGAUGGUUCAGCACACACCAAUCAAGGUGGCAGUUCUAGGCAUGUCAAUCACCAAGCAAGCCAAUCAAGCCAACUCUCUACACUGCACCAAGCAACUCAGUAGCAACUUCAACAAAAAAAUUUUUUGGUUUCCAGUAGAACUGUUUAUGUAUGUCAUUAGACAGUAGCAAGAUAGUGGUGUUU